CGCCCGGCGCCCCGCCCCCGCCUGCGCUGCGCGUCGCAUCUCUAAGCGGCGUUCGGCUCGGUCAGCAGCACCCCCCCACAAGCCAGCGCACCGCUCACCUGGGUGUACCGAGAACACAUUUCUGUUUUUAUAUUCCCUCCUCAUCAGGCGAGGAAGAAGAGGACCAGAUAACCCAGAGAGACGUCACCAUGCCAGGUAGAGAGUGAAGGGGAGAUUCGGGGCCGUGAGGAGGUGGGGGAGCAACACUGCGGGGUGUGCUUGGAGUGGCCUCUCCAUCCGGGUGAACACCUUUCCGGGCUUAAAGCGCGCACGAUGACGGACGGCUGGCGGCGGCCGCCUCGGCUGCUGCUGCUGCUGGCUUUCCUCGCCAUUGUGGGAGUUGGCCUCGGGGCAGACACCGAGGAGCGGCUGGUGGAGCAUCUUCUAAACCCGGCACAUUACAACAAGCUGAUCCGACCCGCCACUAAUGGUUCUGAGCUGGUUACUGUGCAGCUGAUGGUGUCGUUGGCCCAACUUAUAAGUGUGCAUGAAAGAGAGCAGGUGAUGACCACCAAUGUCUGGCUGACACAGGAAUGGCAGGACUAUCGGCUGACUUGGGUUCCCGAGGAGUUUGAUGGCAUGUUGAAGGUCAGACUGCCCUCCAAACACAUCUGGCUGCCUGACGUGGUCCUCUACAACAAUGCGGAUGGGGUCUACGAGGUGUCCUUCUACUCCAACGCGGUGGUGUCCUACGAUGGCAGCAUCUUCUGGUUGCCGCCGGCGAUCUAUAAGUCAGCCUGCAAGAUCGAGGUUAAGCACUUCCCUUUUGACCAGCAGAACUGCACGCUGAGAUUUCGUUCCUGGACCUAUGACCGCACAGAAAUAGAUCUCGUGCUUCGUGCAGACGUGGCCAGCAUGGAUGACUUCACGCCCAGCGGAGAGUGGGACAUCAUUGCCCUGCCAGGUCGACGGAAUGAGAACCCAGCUGACCCCACCUACGUGGACAUCACAUAUGACUUCAUCAUUCGUAGGAAGCCGCUGUUUUAUACCAUCAACCUCAUCAUACCCUGUGUGCUCAUCACUUCACUGGCCAUCCUGGUCUUUUACCUGCCAUCAGACUGUGGAGAGAAGAUGACGCUGUGCAUCUCGGUGCUGCUGGCUCUCACUGUAUUCCUGCUGCUGAUCUCCAAGAUCGUCCCACCAACUUCACUGGACGUCCCUCUGGUGGGGAAGUACCUGAUGUUCACCAUGGUUCUGGUCACCUUCUCCAUCGUCACCAGCGUGUGCGUGCUCAACGUGCACCAUCGCUCGCCCACCACGCACACCAUGCCGCCCUGGGUGAAGCUGGUGUUCCUCAACAAGCUCCCCGCCCUGCUCUUCAUGCGCCAGCCCCGCAACAGCUGCGAGCGCCAGCGGCUGCGCCAGAGAAGGAGAGCGCAGGAGCAGAAGGAGUGCGGGCGUAGCGGGGAGCCGGGGGCCCUGAUGGUCGGUCUCGGGCUUGGUGGUGGUAGUGGGAAUGGAGGGGGGACCUCCUCAUCUGUUUUUGGGAAAGAUGACGGGGACCCUUGCACGUGCUACGUGAACCGAGCGACUGUUAAGCAGUUCGGAGGUGAACUGGUGGGUGCUGGAGGGGGAUCAAUGGACGGUUUAAACAGAGUGAGGGAAGGCCGGGAGGGUGGUUCUGGAAACCUGCCGAGGGGGAAGCAGGCAGCUGGAGGUCCUGCUUUGACUCAGGCCUUGUUGGCGCAAGCCUGUCCAGGGUUUGACGAGGCCGUGGAAGGAGUACGCUUCAUUGCCAACCACAUGAAGGGCGAGGACGACGAUCAGAGUGUGAGCGAGGACUGGAAGUACGUUGCUAUGGUGAUCGACCGUCUCUUUCUCUGGAUCUUUGUGUUUGUUUGCGUGUUCGGCACGUUGGGCAUGUUCAUGCAGCCCCUCUUCCUGAAUUACACAGCAAAAACCAUCAACACACCAGGCUGAUUGUUCCUCUACCUGUAAACACAACUAUAGACAGUUCCCCGACCAGUCAGCACAGAAGGACAAAUACAGGAGGUGUCUGUGUGGGUGUGUGUGUGUGUGUGUGUGUGUGUGUGUGUGUUUGUACUUUGGGGCGGUUGGGGAUCUGAGUUUUAUCGUGUCUAUGGAACUGGAAUCAAAACUGCUACUGAACAGCUAUCCGGUCCAUUAAAUUUAUAAUAACAUUUUUGGAACAAACAACCAAUUUUCAAUGAGGAUAAAUGAAAAUACAGUGAAACUCUUGUCCUGCAUUUUUUGUUGUUGUUGGAGAAUUAAAACAGACUGACCUCCCCUCUCUGGUGUAAAGAUCCUCCCUUGCUUCCAUCCUCAGCCUUUCAGGGAGUGAGGACGCCUGGAUUUUCUCCUUGAUGCACCCAGCCAAAUGACACGAGACAACAGAAAUGACUAUGAUAAUGUUGACUCAUAUUAAGCAUCAGAGAGGGAAGGAAGGUUCAUUCAGCUGCUUGUAUUUUUUUUUUUUGCCAAGAAAUUCACUAUGUCGGUGAACUGAUUCAGUAUAUUUUAUCAUAGCAUAGCAGCUUCCCACAAGCAUAUAGCAUUGAUUAAAAAUUAAUAUCAGUUCAUGCAAACGUUUGUUGCUGUUCGAGAGGCUAGGUGUGUUGUAUGAUUGUAUAGAUAUAAAAGGAAUGCGAUUUCAACUGUACUGCACAGCCUGUGUCCUGCACAUCAAUACCAUAUGUGUAAGAGCUGCAGAUUAAAAGGAAAUAUAAAGAGGAUGCUUACCCUAAAGGAAAACAAGGCAGCAAUAUUACUGAAAAGUCAUGCAUGGUCAGUUUUUUUUUUUUUGCUUAAAAUUGCUGUAGCAACAGAACAGUAUAUGUGCUGGACACUGGAAUGUGAUUUUUUUUUAACCAGAUGGAGUACUGGGUUAGGAGUAGGUAAAGGUCAGUAGUUGGAACAGUUACAUUAUAAAUCAAUCCCAAAGAGACUUUGGGAUAAAUGUGAAUUAACAUGGUUACAUGGCUGUUUACUUUUUGUCAUUGCUCUAACCACAAGACUAAAGCAGUGUCUUGCAUAUACCGCUUUGCUUUCGGUUCUCCUCUUUAGAGAUGCACCAAAAAUAAAACAAAACGUCUGGUGAUCUGAUUUAGUCAAACCAGCUUCCAGAUAAGACAUAAUUCUCUGUUCAGUGCAGGCAGCAUAUUUGGAAAACUCAAAGUUACCUAUAUAUUGCACAUUGUGAGGCAUUUAAAUUUAAAAUCAGAGGAAGAACAGGUAUGUGAGAAGGUUUUUAGAGUAGGCAGGGUUGUCCAUGACAUCACGAGAAGGUUCAUUUAGGCUGUGAGAGAGAGCAAGACUUUGAGCAGAUGACAGGAAGACUGAAUAUAUUGCAGCAAAGUUCCUUUGCUUAAUUUUUUUGAUCCUUCAACCUGUUAUAGAACAUGUGUGAUUUGGCAAUGUUGAAAUCCUUUAGGAUCUAUAUUCUCUAGGGAAUACAGGCAGACCCUACUGUUUCUGUAAUGCUAAGUGUGCUAACCACUACUUUAAGACACUUAAUAGUUUAAAAUGACAUUUAUUCAUUUUGUUAUUGUUUUUAAAUUAGUUAAAAUAGUAAAAGCUUGUUGGUGACACAUCUAGUCAUUUUGUACCUCUCUGCUGUAGAUCUGAUCCUCUUGGGUUCUUGGUCCGGUGAACAAUGCAAUGUCCAAAAAAGUACUUGCCUUUCAUACAUCAAUUCAUUUAUUAGUCCACAAUGUUACAAGAAGAUCUAUUUCAGGUUCACCUUCAUACACUAUUGCUGUUCAGACCUGGCUACCUAAAUACAAAUUUCUGUGCCCCAGCGGCAUCUUAGGAAUAAAAUUAGAAAAUAAAUCCUUUCAUUGCCAUUCUUUUAUCCUUUAAUAGUACAACUCCUAUAGAGAAAUCAGAAGCGAAUCAUUUUGAUAUUGGUAACUCAGAGCUUUUGAAAAGUCGGAUAUUAGAACGGCCACAAAAGUCUGACUGGUGCAUCUUUAAUCCUCUUGCUCAAAGCCUGAAUGUGUAAAUGUGCAUACCCUUCUGUACUUUCACAUCUGAGAAUUACAGCAUAAAGAAUGUGUGUCUUCCCACCAUGUGUUCAAUUAGUCCCUCCCAACCUAUCGCCCUACACAAUCCCUUCCUUUGGUCUUUCAAACUCACAAAUGUCUGGAAGUUAGUCCAUUAAACAAUAGUAGUAAUCACAUGCCCAUGAAUGCAAUGUUUUCAUUUACAGCAUUUUUGUUUCCAGAAUGUUCCCAGGGUCUUUGACACCCACUGAAGAUGCAAAAGGACCUUUGCAAUCACAUGUGCAAUUAAAAUCUUACAAAAUAAAGAAGGAGCUCAAGAGGAUCAACUGUAAAGUUGUGGUAGAUGGAAAAAAGGCAAACAAAAUUAGUGGAAAGAUGAAAAAAAAGUGGGACUAGAAAAGAGAAAAGACUCACAGUGUUUCACUAUAAGGGAAAAGGACACCUAAAAACUGCUAUUCUGUCACUGUCAUUGUCAUUGUCAGCGAGUUUCUCCAGCUUUUUACAGUCAUGUGGCCAAGUCUGCAGCUUCACUCGCUGGGAGCUGUCUCCCUCUCUGCCUCUCGAGGAUGGAAUUACCCGUGGGGAUCCCUGGCAGAUCUCAAACAAGUGUGAAAGGCCUUUCAGAGACCCGUAAAUACUGUUGGCUGCAUGGCUCUGCACAGAGAAAGUGCUCCUGGCUACUCUGUUUGCUCUAUUCGACCUUCAUGCUCUCCUUCCUUUUUUGACUCACUUCCUCUCUGAUGAUUAUGCUCCACCAUCCUUCACCUUCCCCCUUUCCUGACUCUGAAAUCUGCUCACCUUAACCCCUCCAAUAAAGGUUGUAGGUUCAGAUUAA